AUGAUUUACCAAGUUUGCGUCCUUCUGGUUGUGCUGGCGGUCUCACAGGCCAACCCCGACAACUAUGGACCAAUAUAUGCUUCUGUACCAAUUCCGUACGGCUUCAACUAUGCUGUGAACGACGCUUACAAAGGAACCAACUUCGGCCAGAAUGAGAAGUCCGACGGGAACAGCGUGUGGGGAUCCUACACCGUCGCCCUCCCCGACGGCCGCAAACAAACAGUCGACUACACCGCUGACCACGGCAGGGGAUUCGUGGCUAAGGUCAGCUACUCGGGCAAGGCUCAGCACCCCAAAGUUUCCGGUCCUGCCGUCGUCUUCCCUCAGAACGGAGGCGGAUACCACUAAAUAACAAUCAAUUUAAGUGUUGUGUGCGAUUGUAUUACAU